AUGGUUUCGUGGAAACGCUCGGAUUUAAUGAUAAUCCGAACGCUUGCAACCCCCACAGUCACACACCCUUUGGUAAAAUACCCACAGAUCCCGGAUUCGCUUCCGCUCGUGGUACCUAUCAACGGAGCGGCGCUGCAUGAAAUCGCGCUAUGCAGCGCGCAUAGGGUUGAUGGCAACGAUGCGAACUUGCUGAAAGUCAAAGCACCCUUCAUUUGUCUCGGCACACAUUGUGUCUCGCUACGCAGCCUGGCCCCGCGCCGGGAUUUUGAAAUCGAGAGCGGUUUCGCGGAGGUGGUUUUCGCAUGUUAUUUUGAUACAUAUCUACGAUCAAUUUACCUUCACAGCUGGGGAGAUGAAGAUCUAAAGCAAUCCAACUUCAUUUCGUACGGGGGAUCAUGGACUACAAGAGCUGGGUUCUGGCCCGUUGGGGAUAAUUUUGGUAAAAUUAGCCGUUGCCAUCGGCUAGCCCCGGGUUCGAUUCGUAAGUUUAUCCGACCUUUUCGGCGGAGAAUUGGGUUUUUGGCCUUACCAAACCCUAAAAUGACACAUUCUGAACAACGAAUAAAACAAAAAUUCGUUUUGACAGAUGUUAGCGCUCUCAUGAGGGGAUUGAUGCCUGGCACUCAGCCACAUACACUGCCACAAGAAGCGCCACGUUCCCGCCUCGCGAUUUCCACAACUCCCCGCCAUCUUGUUCUCGUAGCUAGUCGGCGGCACAUAGCCUCUCAAAGGCGAAACAGGAUAUGCCACACUUCACCUACAUCUAAUCUUGCCGCCCGAUGCUUUCCUAAUUUAUCAUCUGGAUACACUUCGAAUUCACUGCUUCCGAGGUUUGGAAGCCUGAAUUGCUCUAUCUGCUAA